UCGUCUUCUUCAAAGUCUCUGGAAAGUGUUAGUUGUAGUAGUAAUAGUGAGAGGAAGCAAAGAAAAAAUGAAUUCUUGAAGAACAAAUUUCUCUCUUUUUGAGAUUUUCUCAGCUAAAUUCUGAUCAAUUUGUUGUGGGUCUUCUUCUUUCCUUUCUCUAAUGGAAUCUCCCUCUUAAAGCUCAAAUCUUGACAGAGAAGAAGGAAAGGAAAGGAAGAAGAUGUCAGUCAAGUACUACAAAGGGGACCAAUUCUCCAGAACUGUUGUAUCACCAAAAUGGACUGUAUUCCUUUGUAUUGCCUGCUUCUGUUCUGGCAUGUUUUUCACUACUCGAAUGUGGACUCUACCGGAAUCCAAAACUAUGACAAGGACUAUUCUUUCUGAAACCGAAAAAUUGAAUUUUGAUUCUGAGGGUUGCAAUCCGAAAAUUUUGUAUGACAAGGAGGUAGAGCGUGAUCCAAAAGCGAUAAUUGGUGAAGUUUCGAAGACUCAUCAUGCUAUACAAACACUAGACAAAACAAUUUCAAAUUUAGAGAUGGAAUUGGCUGCAGCUAGGGCCACUCAAGAGUCUAUUCUAAAUGGCUCACCUAUAUCAGAAAACUCAGAGACUGAAAUCUCGGGUAAAAGAAAAUAUUUAAUGGUUGUAGGAAUUAACACUGCUUUUAGCAGUAGGAAACGAAGAGAUUCAGUUCGCGACACUUGGAUGCCACAAGGCGAAAGAAGAAAGAAGAUGGAAGAAGAGAAGGGUAUUAUUACGCGGUUUGUUAUUGGUCACAGUUCUACUUUGGGAGGUAUACUUGACAGAGCUAUUGAAGCAGAGGAUAAAAAACAUGGAGAUAUCUUAAGACUGGAUCAUGUUGAGGGUUACCUUGAGUUAUCUGCAAAGACAAAGACAUACUUUGCUAAGGCUGUUGCUUUGUGGGAUGCUGAUUUUUAUGUCAAAGUUGAUGACGAUGUCCAUGUAAAUAUAGCAACUUUAGGAGAAACAUUAGCAAGGUACAGAAGAAACCCUCGAGUAUAUAUUGGAUGCAUGAAGUCUGGUCCAGUCCUCGCUCAAAAAGGAGUAAGAUACCAUGAGCCAGAAUACUGGAAAUUUGGUGAACCGGGUAACAAGUAUUUUCGCCAUGCUACUGGCCAGCUAUACGCCAUUUCAAAAGAUUUAGCCACUUAUGUGUCAAUAAAUCAGCAUGUAUUACACAGAUAUGCUAAUGAGGAUGUUUCUCUUGGAUCUUGGUUCAUUGGGCUUGACGUGCAACAUAUAGAUGAUAGAAGAUUAUGCUGUGGAACUCCACCUGAUUGUGAGUGGAAAGCGCAGGCGGGGAACAUUUGUGUGGCCUCUUUUGAUUGGAGUUGCAGUGGGAUUUGUAGGUCUGUUGAUAGGAUAAAGGAGGUUCAUCGUCGAUGUGGGGAAGGUGAGAAUGCUAUUUGGAAUGCUGCAUUGUGAAAAUGUCUUUUAGAACAACUCUGGUUCGAACAAGCCAGCCAAGAUUCUCUCUGGUUUUAGUCAAAUGGAGAGUUAGUAGGUUUAAUGGCGAUCGAUGUUACAUGCAGCAGAUAAGAUAGAAAGCAUGCAAAGCUGUAGAGCUCUCUAUAUCUGUUCAUUCUUUUUAGAGUUUUCUUUUAUGUAUUGAACAAUCUAUGGAUUCCCUUUUGGUGUCUCUGUUUCAUAAUCAAUAAAUAAUAGCAGCUAAUGGAUUUCUUCUAAGCAACUCGUGUUUGUUAAGUUUUA